CGCCGUGAAUUUCGAUCAAACAGCAACAGAAUUUGCAUAUUUUUUCGUUGGCUAACAAAAGUGUAUUUAUAUAGCAAAUGUAAGAAUUAAGUGUAAAUAAAAACAUGGCCAACAUGGAGCAGCUCUUGGAAGAGGUAAAAACAAAUGUGCAACAGAAAUUUAAUGAAAUACGCGCUGCUUUGCAUAUGCGUGAGAAAUUAUUGCUGCGGCAACUCGAAGUGAUUGCAAAUACACAACAGCAACAACAACAACCUGUUUAUAUUGAAAACAAUGCAAAUGAGAGUGAAAAUUGCAAAGUGCGCUUUUUCACUGGAGACAACGGCGAGGAGGAGAAACUGUUGUUGGCCAUAAGGAGUUUUGGCCAAUUCCAGCUGGACAGCAGCAUGCAGCUGGCACUGCACAGGACACAGGAUAAUAUGACUGCGGGUCUGCGAAAUGAGGAUUACAUUGAACCCAUGGAUGACCAUGAGACAAUGUACAAAUGUCUGGAGGAUCGGGAUCAGGAUGAUGAGGAAAUACAGCCCGAGGCCAUUGUGGUGGACUUCUCGCGUAGCAAAGCAUUGCUGGAGGAUAAUGCCAAGCGUUCCAUUAUAAACAUAACACUGCAGGAGGCUAAGGAUCUGAUACGCAGGGCCAAAAUCAAGCGGGAAACUUAUGUGCCGCCGCUUAAUCUUGAGGAGCUGGACGACGAGCUGGAAUCGUCCAUUGCCGAUGCUGUCUCCAGUCUGGGACGUAGCUGCUCCGACCAGCAGCCGGCAAGUAAAUCAAAACCAAAGGCACGCAAGCCACGCUUAAAGCCAAAGAUCACCAUCAACAAUUGCAAUGGCACCAUCAAUUUGAGGAACAUUGCCAGCUUGACGAUCAACUGUGCCAGCGAGGAUGCCGUCAGUGCGGAGCUGCCCCUCACCGAAGCUCCAAAGCUCUCCAUGGGCUCGAGCAGCAGCAGCAACAACACGGAGCAAUCAAGUUGCUCACCCAGCAGCUCCAAUUACUCAAGUAAUGCCAGCUCUCGUUCCCAGUCCAAGAAGCAAAAGAUGCCCAAGAGAACAGAGGGAAAGAGGGAGCAACAUGUGGCCAGUUCCAGCACAAACACAAACACAACAGACACCCAUGAUGUUACCUGCGACUUUUACAAUCGUCUGCUGAAUGAAAUCAAAAAGAGUCUCAAGGAGAAGCCAACGCGAGUGCUCGAAGUACCAGGAACAACAAACACAACAACAACUGUAACAACAGCAGAAACAACAACCACAACUACGGCUACAGUGACCAGCAGCAUUAAUUUGCCAGGAGCUACAGUUACAGCUGAUUCCAGUUGUGAUGCCACCAACUACAAUAAGCAAGCUUCCAGUCGCGAUGCAGAAUCAACGAUCUCAUCUCAACUACAACCGGGCAAGCGUUUAAUCCUCAAGAACUUUGAGAAUCUGAAAAUUAUAUUGGAAGCAAAUAGCGGGGAUGAGGACGCGUUUCAUCCGGUGCAAAUCGAACAAUGGCUGGCGGAGAUAAUAUCCGAAACAGAUCUCGAACCGAUGCAAAAUACAGAUAUACUCGAGCACAGCAAGAUCGACAACAGCGAGAGCAACUGAGGAGUUAUCUCGAAUCCUUAAACCUCAACUGAUUUCCACACUAUGCGCACAAAGAUUAUCAUAAAGUUAUCACAGUAUUUAUUAGAUAAGUAUAUAAAAACUUAGUAAAAUAAGAUUUCCUAUACGAAUUUCGACAAAUCACAACAAUAACAAAAUUUGGAAUCAAAAAUAAUUAAAGAAAUCAAAUUAGGAAACUGAAAUCAAGAAUAAAAUUAGGAAAUUUAAUUUGGAAAUACAUUGAUCCCAUCGCUAGCAAAAUACAAUCCUAUAUGAAAACAUGUACGUAUUUUUCAAAAAGAAAACACCUAAUCCUACAAUUCUAAUCGAAUUUCUGAAUUUACAAUAUCAAUUUUUGCCUUGGCCAUUUUCAUGAUUUGUGGACGGUUCAAUAAACCUAUUUUCUAUAAAAAAAAAUACCUAUUUAGAAUUAUCAAGAAUCAAUGGUAGUAUUGGUUGGAUUAUAUAAAUCCAUUCAUAUUUGAAUUGUUCCUUUUCAGACCGUUCUCUAAUAGUCAAUUUUCAAAAUUUUUUAAUCAGUAAUUUUCUUAAAAGAAUUUUCUAAUUUAUGCUUCCUUUUUUUUAAUUUCUUUAAAUUUUGUUCUUAGUUUUUGAGAUUCUUUCAAAAAUCAUCGAAAUUCGUAUAGGGUGAACAAUAUAUAUAUAAGAAUAUCAAGGUGACCACAAAAAUCAAAACAAACCGAAAAUCUCUCAAAAAUGAAUAGUUUAAAAAGAUUUUCGGUUAGUUUCCAUUUUUCUGGCAUCGCUGCAUAAUUCCCUUAAUUAGAAAUAUUUAAUAGUUAUUAAAUUGUAAUUUCUAUAUUUGAACUUAGUCUAAACUGUUUCACAAUCUCAGAAUGUGGUCCAAACCUUUGGCAUUUAAGAUUUGAAUGUGAGCGUGAAGAAAGACAAAAAGACAUACGUUGUACUUAAUAUAAGUAUGUUAUUAAUUGCACUUUAUUUCUGUAAUUAAACAACAUGUUACAAGACUUAAAAUAUUCCACCACUUACUACAAUUAUAUAAGAUUUACGUCUACACAUAAGUUUUGGGCCAAUUUCACAUUUGUCACAUGUCACGUAUUUGUAAAAUUGAUUAAAGCGCUAACAUUUAAUUGCUAAAUCCUAA